AUGUCGAAAUAUCGGAAAGAGAGUCAAUGGCUGUGUCUAGUAAUUUUUAUUUCACAAAAUGAUAAAUGGAAUGGGCAAGAGUAUACUGCAGCAGUGUGUGGCCCAGCACUUUACUAUUACCACCAGGACUUCUCCAUCAGGAUGGUGGAAUGGCUGGAAGCCUUAAGGGCACAAGGAAUUUCUCAUGUCUUUCUCUAUGAAAUGGACAUACAUCCUAACCUUCAGAAGGUUUUGCGUUACUAUGAGAGUGAUGGCUUCAUCAGCGUAACCAAAUAUUCUUAUCCACCUCCGUAUAUCAGUGAACCCAGUAUUCGUAGAUUAUGGACUCUGGUGGAGCGUAAGAAGAUGUGGGCCCAAGAGAAUGUGUACUUUACAGACUGUCUGCUCCGCCACAUGCAUCAGUACCGCUUUAUUGCACACCAUGACCCUGAUGAGUUGCCUGUCUUACUUAAACACAAUUCGUACACUGCUAUGCUUAACCAAAUUUUAAAUGAGUCAUACAACAACAAUGCAAGACUGCCUAUAGGCUACAAACUUCAGUGGAAUAUGUUUUAUAAUGAUGUUGAGCCACCAGCCAGCACUCGUGAUCUGCCGCAAUAUUUAUACAUGAUGCGUCAUAUUUUAAGAACCAAGGAAGAUCUUCCCAUUUCAUCUGGGACAUACAAAGCAAUCUACGAUAUGGACUACACCACAGGCGUCUCAUCACAUGUCGUUAUUUCCUGCAACUCAGACCCUUGUCCUUCUGACCUACAAGAGGUGUCUCCAGACAUAGCUUAUCUGGCUCAUUUCACUUGGACUUGUGGAGCAAAGUGCAAAACCCAAGAUUACAUGCGUGAAGAACCAGCCAUUCUGAAACACAUUGAUGUUGUAAAGGCUGCUGUAACCAACACUCUUAAAAAAAUUAACAUCACUUAGUCCAUUGCAAUAUUUAGAGAAGCACGUGUUAAUUUAUACUAAAUAGCAUCAAAUGUUCAUGUAUGUUUUUUGAAAUAUGGCAUGGUGUUUUGUUAGUCAAAUAAUGUGGUAACCAUUGUCAGGAUCUACACUAAUUUGUACUUAUAUUAGGAUAUUGGCAGAAAGAAUGUGAACCACAGUGAUAUAGCAAAUCAGUAUCAAAUAAGAAACCACAGACUGAGCUUUCAGUUAGAAAGAGAAAAAUGUACAAGGUAAGCUAUUAGGGUACUGAAGGUGGUCUCUGGAGCUGUCACAUUAAAACAGCACUCAGUGUGAAGCUCUUGGGUCUUCCUGUUAACUCUGUUAUAUACCUGAGGGUUUGUUGAACCAGCCAUUCUAUGAAAAGCAUGAUAUUAUGAAAGUAGUAAGGCACUUUCAAACACUUUUACAAUUAAGUGCAAUAAUGGGUUCAUUCAAAUUACUGUAGUAAAUUAGUCCAUAAUUAUGUACGUAUUGUGAUAAUGAUUGGUUAUCACAGGAGUGAUGUCACCCAAUACCUUUUUGAUGGAUCAGCCACAUUUUCAAGAAACAGGAACAUAAUGAAGGCAAUUAAGCAAGUGACUUGUAUAUCAGGAGGAUUGAAUCUUGCAUACAGAAAUGAUGUGUUCAUACGACUAAAAUCAAUUGUCAAGUUUUAUUAUUAAUGAAUGUAUCCAGCUUAGAUAGUUUACAAUGCUAUUUUAAUUAUUGAUUUUUCUUUCAAAUCUUUACACUAAAAUUAUGCAAAAACUCUCAAAGAUAUGGAAUAUGGAAGAGAAAACAAUGUUGAACUCUGUCAUGGUGCAUAGGAGCAAAAAUUAAUUGGCUUUCUAUUUACAGCAUCAUUAAUUUAAAUGCAAUCAUCUUUUUAAUAAUUAAAACAUCUAGAAAUAUGGAGUUAUUCAUAGUUCUUUAAAUUGCAAACUAUCAUAUUUAAUCAGGAUCAUACAACACUUCAAGAAUGAGAAGCAAUUGGGAAAUUUAUUUAAAAACUCGUUAACAUUUAUUGUACAGGGUGUCCACAAAAAGACUCCUUGAUUUCAAACAGUUAUAAUAUGUAACUUUAUUGUAAUAAUCUUUCACAGUUAGUAGCUUCAAAUUCAGGAUUUCAUUCAGUUAAAUGUGGUAUAGGGUAGCAUUAGCCCUUUGACUGUUUCAGUCGUAUGUAUACAUCUUACGAGCCACCAUGUUUGACAUAUAUAUAUUCAAAAAUUCUAGUGGCUUCAAAUCAAGCAGGAGAAAGCUGGUAGGCCCACAUGUGAGAGAAUGCAUAUGUGUGGUCAGUGUGCACCAUAUAAAAAAAAAAUCUUGCAGCACACAUUGCACGAGGAAAAAAAACUCCGACUAUGUUUUUGGAUUAAAAUGUCGACUUUGUGGUGUAUUUUCGUAUAGUAUUUAUGGUUGUAUUCUCGUUUUCAUGGUUUCAUUUGAUAGAAUGGAAAACAUAUUAUAGAAAUAGAGGUGAUUUUGAUUGGUUUUACUAUGAAAAGAACCUUGAAAUGGAGCUCAGAGUAGGGGAAAUGUUUGAUUUUUGCCGAUGUUCAAAAGUAAACAAAUGUCAUUGUCCAAUAAAUGUCCAACGAGCCAUUCUAAUAUGCAGUCAUGAAUGGUUUGACAUUAUUUAUACAGUUAUUACCAUAUUGCCGUAGUCUGCAUAACAGUAAAUCUUCUAUUUUUUGUUUGAAUAAAAAUUCAAAAUACAAAGCAAGAGUAAUAUCAGAGGGGCCUGGAGAUGUGACUGAUGAACAAAGAAAAUGUUAUUUUAGAGCCAGGAAUGUCUGCAUUGUUCAUUCUGGACCCUAUUUUGAAAUUGGCACAUUUUUUAAUUUGCAUGAAAUUGGCCAAAUUACAAAUUUCUGACCAUGUUAUUGGGUAGUUGAAAUCAGUAAAUGGGCAGUUUCUUGUACUCGAUCGAUAGAACGAAUGGAGUUCUAAAGAAAUAGCUAUGAGUUUGGUCGACUGGAACAAUGGAAUUAGCCAAAAAUAGGGCUCAAAGUGGACGAAAUCACCGAUUCAUAAAUAUCGCCGAGGUCGCUAACUUCACGAGUGUAAUUUCAUAAGUUUUCCAUCAAAUUUCAUUCUUUUGGUGUCAUUGCCAUCGGGAAAAGAUUCUCUAUCUACCAGAAGACACCUCAGGAUUUGGGGUUGCGACAGUCAAUGGGUUAAAGGCACUCAAUGUGUGCCUCUGUGGUUGGUCGGCAAACAUUGAUGUGAUAGUCCAGUUCGGUCCAGACGCUCUGCAGCAUAUCUGGAGUUACCAUGCGAAGUGCUUCAGUGAUCAAAAUUUUCAGCUCCUCCAGAGUUGCAGGUAGUAGUGGCACAUAAACUGUGCUCUUCAAAUACCCCCAAAGAAAGAAGUCACAAACAGGUUCGGUGACCUCUGCAAGUGGCCUGCGAGGUCACUGGACCUAACUGUUUGUGACUUCUUUCUUUGGGGGUACGUGAAGAGCACAGUUUACGUACCACCACUACCUGCAAUCCUAGAGGAACUGAAAAUUUUGAUCACUGAAGCAGUUAACAUGAUAACUCCAGAUAUGCUGCAGAGCGUCUGGACCAAAUUGGAUUAUCGCAACAACGUUUGCCGAGCAACAAGUUUCAUGUGCUUCCCUGUACCACAUGAAACUGAAUGAAAUCCUGCAUCUGAAGCUACUAACUGUGAAAGAUUAUUACAAUAAAGUUACAUGUUAUAUCUGUUUGAAAUCAGGGAGUGCUUUUGUGGGCACCCUGUAUAUUAUUGAGCCAAAAACAUGGCACUGAACAUCAUCCACAUAUUGUUGACCUUUUGCAUUAGGGGAAAGGUUUCUAAUUAGCAGUAUAAUUCAAAUACUUAAAUAUAAUAAAAUCUGGGGAAAAAGAA